AUGUCCGCUCAAAUCCAUGUGGACGAUGCUGCUGCAGAAGAAGAACGUGGUGAGAAGGUGGUCCUCACCGAAAUGAUUUUGGUGCCUGUUGACCGUUAUCCCAGAUACAAUUUCGUCGGCCGUAUCCUUGGUCCUCGCGGGAUGACUGCAAAGCAGCUCGAGGAGGAUACUGGUUGCAAAAUCAUGGUGCGCGGUCGUGGAUCAAGUCGCAUGAGCGGUACGAGGCGCGAACGCAGUAACGACUCCGAGCCUCUCCAUGUGCUCAUACAGUGUGAAGACUACGAGAAAAAAGCCCAUCAGAAGAUGAGAAAUGCGGUUGAGGCGAUCAAUCAGCUCCUCCAUCCUCCCCCAGAGGGAAAGGAUGAACUAAAACGUAAGCAGCUCAUAGAACUCUCGAUUAUUAACGGAACUUAUCGUCCAACUUCUGCCACCAAAGUUGCCCUUCGUGAGCUAUCUUUUUGCCUUGCAACUAAUGGCUUCAAACUUUCUACCCACCACUUUGUAGAGCAAGAGCGACUAUCGUUUAUAGAUUCGACCGUUUCUGAUGCGUCCGUCCUUUGCGGCCUGACCUUCGUGAAAAUUAAAGCAUUACCGAAAGUUGACGGAAUAGCUGCUUUCACGUGUACACUGGCUGAUCCUGGAUUUCUAUCGACACUGAUGCAAUCGCUUGAUCUUUAUGGUUUGGGCAGUCGCCAAGCAGUACACCCCUCCACUCAGCAUCAUCAUCACAUGCUAAACCAAUCCGUGUCCACCUCUGGCCAAAUUCCCCAGGCCAAUCUUCACCAGUACCUCACAGCGGCUGCGAUGCUGAAUUCUGCCCCUUUCUCGAACGACGGCUCCGGAGACGGACCCAAGAGCAAAAUUCGCAAUUCUGCUUAG